AUGCAAGAAGAGUUACUUCAUCCUUCAGUAUUCUAGGUUACAUUACGUUGCAAAGAUCAUAAACAAGGACUUAUUAUCAAAGGCUGCGCAGAUAGGAAUUGCAAAAGAAAGAAAAUAUUACUUUGCUAAUAAUGCCUAAAUGAGGAUGCUCAUAUGGAACACAAUACUAAUGUGCUUGGGAUAAAACAAUUCCUUGCUGAAUUCAGCUAAUCUAUAUACUAGGCCACGUAGUAGAAUAAAACUUAAUUAGAAUAGUUUCUAAAUAAUGAUGAAAAUCUUAAAGUAUAUAAAUAUAUUCAAGAUAAUAAACAUCAUCUUAAAAAAGUGAAAGAUAAUAUUGACUCUUAAAAGACUCUUGUGGCUUAAGAUAUGACAUUCAUUGUAGAAUAGUUCUAGGUGUACUUGUAAUAAGUUAAAGAAAACGUAUUUCGAAAAUUGGACUAAUUUUACUCAGACUAUGAGUAAUUAUUUGAAUAAACCAGAAAGUAAUUCAAUUCUAGAUUCUUUCCUGCAGCCAAUUACUUUUUAUCAACACCUAUGGCUUUGACUUGUAAAUUAGGGUAAUAGGGUGAUAAUUCAGAAGAAUUCUUAAGGAAACUAAAACUAAUUGAAAAUAAUACUUUGGAGUAUCUAUAGGAAUCAUUUAUAAAAUUGUUAAUAGCAAAUGAGUCACCUAAGAUUUUUGAAUCUGAUUAAUAAAGAUUAUACUCAACAAUAUAAGAACCUUUAUAAAGUUAUUUCUUAGGUUGGUAUUCUAAUUAAGAUCGCAUCCCUUAGCCUCUCUAAUUAGUGUAAUAAUCAUCAAAUAAUUCUAUUAAUUCUUAAUAAAACAAUUAGAUGAAUCCUAAACCAAUGAAACGUGAAAUUUAUGGACUUUCAGACUCAAUAGUUAUUGGUAAAUCUGGAACAUAUUGCAAAUUCAGUAGGGCUUUAGAUCCUACAAAAAGAUAAUGGCCCCAUAUUAAAUUGAGUAGAAGUUUUACCUUAGAUUUCAUAAUUGGGGCAGUGAUAGGAUUAAAUAAAUCAACAUUUGUUAUGAUUGGUUAAAAUGAUUCCAAAAUGAGGGUGUUUGAUACUGAGAAGAAAUCUUUAUUGGCCUUUGAUGGGCAUACUCAACAGAUCAAUUGGAUAGAAUCAUUAUCCCCGAACACUUUUAUAACAGGAGCAGAUGAUGGUUAAGUUUAUUACUGGAUUUUUUAAGGUCAAAAUACGAAAAUAUAGGAUUAAUAUACAUUUUCAAACAAACCCAUUUUAGCAGGUCUAGAUUUGCAAAAUAAUUCAUUUGCAUUUGUAGAUGCUGAUGGAAGAUUGGGAUAUAAAAAUAUUACGACCAAACUAGAAUUAUUUCUAAUUUUUGGUAUUUAAAAAGUGCAAGGUAGAUAAAAGAAGUAUAAAAUGGCAUUGAUAAAACCUGGAGAACUGUUUUGUGUAUAUGUGGCUGGAGAAUAAGGAGCCACUAUAAUCUAAGUCAAUGAUAAGGAGAAGUUGUUAAGAAAGUUGAAUGCAAACACGUUGCCUUGUAGUUAAACAAUGAUCCCAUUAUCAGUUAAUGAAAUACUGAUUGCAUCUAGUAAUGGUGUUAAGGUAUGCAAUACAAACAGAGAUGACAUUCUUUAAGGUAAUGAUGUUGACGUAGUACUGCUGGAAUUCACUCCUUCAUAAAUAAUAUAUGCUCUUUGUAUUCCAGUUGAGAAUGGUUAAUGUCUGCAAUAUCGAAUUUAGAAGAGAGGUAAUGGUUAAUAUGAUAUCCAAUAAUAAGAUUUGUUAAUUGAUGGCAUAACCUAACUUUCAUCUAAGUAUGCUUUAUUAAUAUCAUUUCAGACUUAAACCCAGAGUCCAAUUGAUUAAAAACCAAGACAAAGUGAUGAUGGCCAUUGUGGAUUAGAAGAAAAUCAACUUUUAUGAUAUUACUAUAAAAUGA